ACUAAAAACAAGCAGCAUAAAAAUGUACGUGUACGUCUACCGUCAGUUCAUCCAAUAUCCACAUGGUGUAUUUGCUAUCAUUUUACCUGCUUCCGCGGUCUUCUGUGUUUGAUAUGCAAUAGCAUCCUUUGCUAUGGAUUUUGUCAUCAGGAACAUGCAUAUAAUGUCUUAAUUUACCUUCUCUUAUUGCCAAUUAGGCCAAAAUGCCCUUGCCAUUGCUAAAGGCAUUGAACCACAGGGUCUUGGCAACAAAGCAGAUGUUAUGUGCAUCUUUGUACAGCACCAGUUUCUAUACAAGUCAAAGACUGCGCCUGAACCACUGCUGAUUUGUGAUGCACCUGAUUGCCUGUUAAAAGGCAAACCUCAGAAGAAGGAGGACUGGGCAAAACGUGAAGUCUGUGGUGGCUGGAUGCAUUAUAAAUGUGUUGGACUGGAAAAUCCACCACCACCCAGGACAGACUACAUUUGUCCUUUUUGCCAAGCAAAGUUCAAGUAGAGAUCUGCAAUGAUUGAAGGGGAAGUCUGGUUCAAAACUACAAUUGGUGGUGACGUGAAGAUGAUGAACAAAAUGUCUCAGAAACGGACAAGAACCAAGACAUGUGGAAUUGCAGCCAAGCCUCUUGGAAAAGCGAAAAGAAUCCAGACAUUGCUCUCCCACAGUUUGGAUAAACCCCAAAUUAAACAACAAGAUGCAGCAACACAGACUGUCCUGGAGACCAAGAAUGUUGACCAGGAAGAAGGCAAUGAUAAUGAGGAAGCUGAAGUGCUUGAAGACGACACUCGCAAAGAUCCAGAUUACGAGCCUGACAUAGAAGAGCUACAUGAAGAGAUUGAAGAACGUAAAAUAAUGCCCUUGCCAUUGCUAAAGGCAUUGAACCACAGGGUCUCGGCAACAAAGCAGAUGCUAUGCGCAUCUUUGUACAGCACCAGCUUCUAAACAAGUCAAAGACUGCACCUGAACCACUGCUGAUUUGUGAUGCACCUGAUUGCCUGUUAGAAGGCAAACCUCAGAAGAAGGAGGACUGGGCAAAAUGUGAAGUCUGGUGGCUGGAUGCAUUAUAAAUGUGUUGGACUGGAAAAUCCACCACCACCCAGGACAGACUACAUUUGUCCUUUUUGCCAAGCAAAGUUCAAGUAGAGAUCUGCAAUGAUUGAAGGGGAAGUCUGGGUCAAAACUACAAUUGGUGGUGACGUGAAGGUGAUGAACAAAAUGUCUCAGAAACGGACAAGAACCAAGACAUGUGGAAUUGCAGCCAAUCCUCUUGGAAAAGCGAAAAGAAUCCAGACAUUGCUCUCCCGCAGUUUGGAUAAACCCCAAAUUAAACAACAAGAUGCAGCAACACAGACUGUCCUGGGGACCAAGAAUGUUGACCAGAAAGAAGGCAAUGAUAAUGAGGAGGAAGCUUAAGUGCUUGAAGAUGACACUCGCAAAGAUCCAGAUUACGAGCCUGACAUAGAAGAGCUACAUGAAGAGAUUGAAGAACGUAAAAUGAAUGAGCCAGCUGAUAUUCUCAAUCAGAAUAAAUACAUCGUAUUCGAAAACCAACUUCUGGAGCUUUUUAAGCAGUGCAGGAACUGUCAUAUGCCCUGCAGUGUGAAAAAAAUCCAACCAAGAAAUUUUGGGAGCCAGUUGAAAAUCAUCGCCUCAUGUGAGGAAUGAGAGUUUACAACUUCCUGGUACUCACAGCCGAAAGUUGGAAACCUGUUUGCAGGCAAUAUAUUGCUCUCCGCUGCUGUGGUAUUCGCUGGAGGAAGUCCCACGAAAAUAGUGAAGGUGUUUUGGCACAUGAACCUGAAGGGAGUCUCCUAUGCCACCUUCAUGGAGCAUCAAGGGACUUACCUCCAGCCGGCAGUAGUCCAGGUAUACAACAGGCAGCAGGAGGCUCUGUUUGCCCACUACCGAGCCAAUGGAAAGGGGCUAACUCUUGGUGGUGAUGGGAGGAGCGAUUCCCCUGGCCAUUCGGCAAAAUAUGGGAGCUACAUGUACACCCUCAUAGUAUAUCAGCAAAUAAAGUUCUUGACGUGGAACUAGUGCAGAGAGGAUUGUGAAGGACUGACAGAGGUUGGGGAAGAGGAGCAUGAGAUGGGGGAGGAGAUUGAGCUGGAGGACAUCACACAGGAGGCACAGUACACAAGGUCUGGUCUCCACCACAAGUCAACGGCUCAGCAAGCAGAAGAUGCCAAAUUGUUCCUCAUCACAGAAAAUAGGCUUUUAGACAUAGCGAACAAAGCAUUAUCAAAGUGCACCCAAUGUGCAUCAAGUCUUGCAGUGAAUCUAAGACAGGGAAAUGGGAGUGCUGCCUAUAUAGACUGGAUCUGCCCAAAUGGACAAGUGCCUUGAUCCUCACCGGGAACAACUUUCACAAAGUGUCCCUCAUGUCAAAGUUUGCCAGACUUAAUUUUAUGGGGCACUCGAUGUUUGCGGCAGUGCAAAAGACAUACAUAUGCCCUGCUGUUGAGGCCCAUUGGGAGAAUGUAAGGAAGGACAUUCUGGCACUCCGGUUGUGGUAUCCGGUUUUUGCCUCAGGGUCAGGAGCAGCAUUCCAAUGAUUUCACCUAGGAGAAAAAUUGUGAGCUUCGGGGACUGGAUACUAAGGAAUUUAGAAUGUAACCUUUCGACUUUGGACCCAUCAUAUGAUGUUCGUGUGCACGUGUAUCCCGGAGCCAAUAUCAAGAGUUUAAAAAACAGUCUGAGAACUGACAAUCCUUUUUUUGAAUUUGGAACAGAUUUUGUCGUUCUGCAUGUGGGCACAAACAAUUUAGAGAGUGGAUUGUGGUCUCUUGACUGUCAACACUAUUUUGAAUUGUAUCAGACAGUGAAAGAAGUAUUUCGGUCAGCAACAGUGAUUUUCUCAAGCAUUCUACCCCGUUGGGACCGACAAGAUUUAUAUGAAUUGUCAUUGAUUUACAAUGAAAACUAGAGAAACUUUGCCAUGAAGUUGAAGUGCUUGUUCUUCAGUUGUUGUGAGGAUUUCAAUCAUACUGAUGAUGCUUUCUCCCUAGAUGGAUUGCAUUUAAAUAAUUUUGGAAAGUGUUUGUUCGCGAGUCGUCUCAAUGCAUACCUAACCAAAUUGACCACUCCAAAACCCAAUUCAGACUACAGCCAUAAAGAAUGGCAGAACACAGAUUUGGACUUGUACAUCUACAUGUACAAGAGGCGAGACAAGUGGGUCACAGAGUACCUACACGAACAGUCGCAG